AUGGGGAACAGCCACUGUGUCCCUCAGGCCCCCCGGAGGCUCCGGGCCUCCUUCUCCAGGAAGCCCUCACUGAAAGGGAACAGGGAGGACAGCUCGAGGAAGCUGGCCAUCCCAUUCAGCACCCAGGCUGCUUGCGACGGGGACACCACCACUGACAAGCUCUUCUGCUACAUCCCUGGGACGGACAUCCCAGGCCUGGAGAGUCAGCCAGAGACCCUGGAGCAGCCAUUCCUAAGUGUGUUCAAGAAGGCACAGCGGAGGGUGCCUGUGAGGAGCCUGGGCAAGGUUGUGCACUAUGCUAAAGUCCAGCUGAGGUUCCAGCACAGCCAGGACAUCAGCGACUGCUACCUGGAACUGUUUCCCUCCCACCUCUACUUCCAGGCCCACAACUCCGAGGGACUCACGUUCCAGGGGCUGUUACCAUUGAUGGAACUGAGUGUGUGCCCACUGGAGGGAUCCCGAGAGCAUGCCUUCCAGAUCACAGGCCCGCUGCCCACACCCCUCCUGCUGCUCUGCCCUAGUGAGGCAGAGCUGGGCCUCUGGCUCUACCACCUGGAAAAGCAGAUGGCCCUGGUCAGGGGGCUGAGGUGCUGCCACUCAGCAGCCCCACAGCACCACCUGAUCCAGCCACAGCUACAGACAUUGUUGGAGCCUGAAUCUGUGGGCAAGGCCCGCUGUGCCUCCAGGGUCAAGCUGCAGCAUCUGCCCUCCCAGGAGCAGUGCCAGCGGCUCCUGGUCCUAUACCCCACCUCCUUGGCCAUCUUCUCAGAGGAACCAGAUGGGCUUUGCUUUAAGGGUGAGCUCCCGCUCAGCAUCAUCAGCUUCAAGUGGGAGGAACAGCAGGUCCACUCAUUCCUGAUUGAAGGGCCCCUCAUCAACACCAUCCGCGUGGUGUGCGCCAGCUACCAGGACUACAGCCAUUGGCUGCUCUGCCUGCAGACUGUCACCAGCAGGGACCAGGCAGAGUGUAGGCCUAGGCAGGACUCAUUCCCUGGGUGCCAGGUCAUGGGGAGCAGCCAAGAUUCAUUCACCUCUGAUGGACAGACCAGCCAGGACGUGGGGUACCUGACACCCCCCUCCUCCCAUACCAGCCACUCCUUGCCAGAGUCCUCAGUGCCAUCCUCUGCAGCCUGCCCAGUCCAGCCUGUACCCGACCAAAACAACCCUGACUGCACCAGCAUUAGCCAACGAAGGGCAGAGCUGAGACGUAGUGGCACUGGCCAGUCAUCCAGGAGCAAGGCCUGGGCAAAGGGGCUAGGCACAGCUGCCCCACUGCACCUGCACCUGGACCUGAGCAAGCUAAGCAGGCCCAGCCUGGAGGGCAGCCCCAAGGCCCCAGCUCAUGCUUCGGAGACACCACACUCCCCUCUCUACGCUGACCCCUACACACCACCUGCUACCUCCCACCACAAGAUCACAGAUGCCAGGGGUCUGAUCGAGCUCUCCAGCACCAUGUGGAGCCUACCUGGAUCUGUGCCCUUCAGCCUGUUCCCCUCCAUCUCUGUGUCUGUGCCUGUCUCUGACCCUGGCUCUGGAUCCUUCAGCUCCCCCAGGCCCCCUGACCCUCACUUGCUCUCCAAGAAGGGAGCCCUAUGGUCCCAAGCCUCUCAGAGGCACCAAGGCUCUGUCAAGGGCCGAGAGCUGCAGCCCCAAGACUCCACUCAGGUUGUCUCUCCUGCCAGGGAAGAUUCACCUGCACCCCGGCCACCUCCCCCAGAUGGCAGGACCCCAGGGGGGCACGAAGACCCAGGAUGCCACAGUAUCUGGAACAAGACAUCAUUUCCCUCCCACCAGAAGUGGGCCCAGCUUGGGGAGCCUGAAGCUGGGAUGGGAGUCAUCCAGUGGAUCUGA